AUGUCCACCAACCGCUGCCAACAAAUCCUCGCAGAGGUCGACAACGACGUCACCAUGGCGGUCUACCGUAUCUUCAGCGAAGCCGAGACCAACGAAAACAUCACAGCCAAGAAUUGGGAGGACUUCGCUGCCGAGCUCGAUGACGGGGACAAGAGGAUGGUGGAUGAGGUGGUCUGCAACUUGACACACGCGUGGGUGCAGUGCGCUCCGUGUGCGAAUCUGGUGGCGCUGGUGAGGUGGCGGAGAGACGCGAGGGGUCUUGUUGCGCAGGUCUGA